GCCGGCGCCCGCCGCUCCUGCGCGCCGCGGCCGGCGGGGGGCUGAGCGCCGGGGCCGCGGCCAUGGUGCCCUGCGGGGCGGUGCUGUGGCGCAGGCUGCUGAGGAAGCGCUGGGUCCUCGGCGUCGUCUUCGGGCUCUCCCUCAUCUACUUCCUGAGCAGCACCUUCAAGCAGGAGGAAAGGACAGUGCGAGACCGCAAUCUCCUCCAAGUGCAGGAGCACGAGCAGCCCAUUGCGUGGAAGGUGCAGUUCAGUUUGGGAAACAGCAGCCAGCUGAGUAACCAGUGCAGGAAUUCGGUUCAGGGGAAACUCCUCAUUACGGAUGAACUGGGCUACAUCUGUGAGAGGAAGGACCUGCUAGUCAAUGGCUGUUGUAAUGUCAAUGUGCCUAGUACAAAGCUGUACAGCUGUGAGAGCUGCCUUCCCAAUGGCUGCUGCAGCGUAUAUGAGUACUGCGUUUCCUGUUGCCUGCAGCCCAACAAACAACAUCUCCUGGAACGUUUCUUGAACCGGGCAGCUAUAGCUUUCCAAAACCUCUUCAUGGCAGUGGAAGAUCGCUUUGAGUUGUGUCUGGCAAAAUGUAGAACUUCAUCACAGAGUGUGCAGCAUGAAAACACCUAUAGAGAUCCUAUUGCAAAGUACUGCUAUGGCGAGUAUCCCCCAGAACUUCUGCCUGUUUGAAAGCUGCAUGACCUGAGCAACGAGGGGAAGGAGCUGGAGACUGGAAUCCAAAAGAGGAAGGCAGCAGCUGUUGUUUUACAAGAGCUUCAGUGUGAAUGGUUUAUGAUGUUUUCAGGGACAAACCCAGAACUGUACAGUGUAAGGAAGGGACUUGCAUUCUCUGGGAUUUAAUCUUGCUUUCUUCAGUUGUUAAAUGACUGCUUUAGAGCCCUAGGAGGACAUUUGAAUACUAAAAUAGCUAGUCUAAGCAAAUAGCUAGCAUUUUAGGAUGCAUGGAGUGGAUUUAGGCUACAUAACAUUGUAGAAAACAUUGUAUGUAAUACAGCUUUGCAGUUGUGCAUAAAGGUUCAAUUGUGUCUCUGCAGUCUAGAGACUUUCCAGAUUGACAGUAAUAGUUAGAGGAUUUUUGCUUUUAGAGGGUAAAGCAUGCCUGUUGUGCUUCUCUCUCUGGAGCACUUUGAUGUGCAUGGUGUACACUACAUAUGUAAUUAUGAAUUAUUUAUUCAGUUUAUAUGGAUUGCUAGCUGAAAGUAUUGAUGUUUCACAUAGCUAGUGUAGAUGCUUUUCAGUUCCUAUUUCAUUAUCUUGGGUAGAAAAGGUAUUUUGCAUCCUGAAAAAAAAAAUCCCUCUCUUCUCCUUAGUCUCAAGGAUUUGUAUUAGGAUCACUAUGUGCUUAUGUUCCUCCUAGGUGAGUUUAAAGUACUCAGAACUCCAAUGGAGUUGUUACUCUGUCAAAGUCCCGUAACAUGUGAGGAGAGCAGGGUUCUGCCUGGGAUGACAUGUUUAUUGUCUGUAAUGCUUUCCUCAUUGCUCUGCAACAGUUUCCUCAAAUGAGAGUCUGAGUCUUAGGAACAGCUCUCUGCUAGUCCAUUUUCUCACUGGCAGCAAUGAAGACUUGGUUGCUUGAAUUUAUUCAUGCCCUGGUAAUUCUAACGUGCUUCACUCCUGGUUGUGCAGGAGGCAAAGGGUGGAGUUGUUCUAGGAUCUGAUUUUAACAAAAUGUUCUUGCAUAUUAAGUAAUUACACUAGAAUGUCAGAACAUUGUGCAAGCCCUCUGAGGACAGCUGUGUCGUAGGAGUUCAGUUAAACAGCCAUGAUGUUUUGUUUUACAGUGUGACAUGCUUGCUAUUCUUAAAUUUCUAUCUAUUCAGAACCAUACCGGAAGACAGUGUUGGUUCUGUCAUCAAUUUCCUAUAGUUCUCUAAAGUUGCAGGUUAAACCAUCUCCUUCUAAAGAUUUCUACAGGAAAUAGAUUUUAGAGAAGCUGUAGGAUAUUGGCUAAACUUCUAUUCUUCCUGAAAGUCAGUAUGUUAGGUACAAGCAUGAGAAAAAAAUCAUGCUGCUUUUUGUAUAGAAAGCUUCAUUUCCCUUGUUUUUACCUCAGCCAUCUCUUUGCAGCUGGAGCAUGAUUCCAUAACUUUUGACUUUGCGUAUGCUUGUUUAAAUUGGCACUUUCUCUUGCCUGUCUGAGAUAAAAGCAGUCUACAGAGGCUUAGAAAUUUUGAACACACUGGAGUAUCCUGGUGCAAAGAUUAUCUGAAGAAUGCUAUUGCAGGAUAUUCUCUUGUGCUUAUAAUUAAACCUGCAUGUGACACAAACAAGAAGUAGUGUAACCAGCCAUCUGAUAAAAUCCACUUGUAUUGUUUUCAUUGUUCUUUCCCAGAAGUCAUCAAGUGAGAUAAUGGUUCUGUCAGCAGAUUCUCCUGAAAAUCUUGUUUCUCCAAAGCUUAAAAGCCUUAGCGUUGGCAGUUUAUCCAGUCACGUACCUCUCUCCCCUUUGCUGCCAUCCUAUGGCAACUUGCUGCAGCAGACAUGAUGCAGUGUGAAAUGCUGUCUUGAGAGGCUAGCAGAGGUUAUUCACUUCCCUUUUCAGUGUUAAACAGAUUUUUCACACUUGUUCCACCAUUUCAUAACUGGUUUUCCCAGAGAAGGCAGUCAGGUUGGUCUGUUACAUCAUUCCUACUGAGGUGUAUUCCAGCACUUCACAUUGUUGCGCUACUACUGAUGAGAUCAAGAUACUGUUGGAUUACUAUUACUUUGUUUUCCAACUCUAUUAAUUUCUUGGCUGGUUAUACCACUGCUUGAAGCAGCGAUGGUAAGGAAUCGUAAGAACUAACCUGAUUCAGCCAUCUAUGAGAAUUCCUGGCCUCUGUCUCUUCUAGAAAAAUAGAUGCUCAGAAAUGUAUUGUGACCAUUGUCCUUUUGUUGGGACAGAAACUGCGCCUUCCCUCCCUGGUUGGCAAGCUGUUUAAGUCCUGUCUAUCCUAUAUGUUAAGUCAUUAAAAAUGUAUUGGUGUUCUAAAAUGCUGCAUAUUCUCAUUUGUGCCCUUGAACUACAAGGGAAGUGUAGCAAAAUAAUAAGUUUUAAUAAUGCAAUGGAGUAGAAAGGGACACAAAGCUUGAAUAUGCUUAAUAAAGGCAAGGCAGUGGAAGCAAGCAGGCCAUCUAUUUCAAUUCACCUUAAGAACAUGUUUCUUUUAAUGCUGCACAGACACCUGUCCCUUUGCAAAACUGGACUGAGCAGGAAAAGGAAUGCAAAUGAUUGCUUCAUGCUGUGUGACGUAGUGAUAAAUGUCAAAUCUGUGCCUCCCCCCCCCCCCAAAGUAUAAACCUAUUAACACUUCUGUUUAAGUGGCAUCCAUACAUCUUACAAAAAAGCCUAAUGAUUCUGUCAGUAGAUUUCAUGGCCAGCAGUACAUCCUAAGAUUUCCUGAGAAACUCAUUUUGUGGUUGUCAGUGACUCUUUGGCUCCAGCUUCCUGUUCCUCAGCUAAGAGACUCGAGUUGUUGAUUUGUGUUUGGCAGCAGAUUUAACGAGAACAGUCAGUGCUGUUACUAGCUCUGUUUACCUGCACUGGGGUCAAGGCCAGGGAUGGUUGAAUGGGUUAUGUACCCCUUCUUUAUUUCCUGUAGUUUGCAAAAAUCUCAGUGUUAGUGGAAAAUGAUAGCAGCUCACCUCUAAUGAGGAACAGGUAUAGUAUUUGGCCAUACCAAUAUGCAACAAGUACCUCUGACAGUAGGGCAUGGCAGCGAUUGCUUUGACCAUCUCUGCCAAAUUUGAACUUGAGUUGCUGGCCUCGGAAGGGCGUGCUGUACUGCCUCAUUGGGGUAGUAUACAGAGAAUUGGGUGAAAAUGUUUCUUAACUUGAUGGGCUAGAGUUUUGAAAAGGCAAAAGCAUGUUUCUGGUUUGGGCCUACCACUGAACAGUUGAUGAGCUGGGAUCUUGGUUUCAGUGUUCUCAUCUCACACAUUAUCAUGACAAUUUAUCACUCCAUCUUCUGUAAGUGUUCAGGCUCUAAUGACUUAAAUUUCAAAUUAUGUUAGAAUUAGUGAAGUCUAAAUUUAUGAAUAUAAAGCACUAAGCACAGCAAAUUCUAAAUGCAAUCUUAGUUCUGAUUUGCUUUUAAAAAGCAAACUUUUCUUUUUGCCUUGUCACUUAGCUGAACAGGCUCAGGCUUUAGGAUUUUUUCUGUCUUGUGCUCAUCACUUAAACUGCGAGCACACUAGUUCCUUUAAACUAGCACCAUAAUGUGGUAUUUGUUCUUUAGUCAUUCUAGUCAAGUAGAGGUAUGGGAGGAGGUGAAAAGGAAUUCUCUGACUCAGCAAGUUCCACAAAAGCUGGAGUUCAGCAAAUUAUUGGUGCGUUAAUAAGUCCUCUGCAUUUCUGUAUAGUCUGAGGCAAACAGCUAUAUGCAGCUGGAGGCAGGGGGGAUGCCAACUUCAAAACCUGCAGGGAGUGAUGGGAAAGGACUUCCUCAUUUUUUGAUCUAAUUAAACAGGUAGUUCAGUCUAAUAUCUUUGGUCAAACAAGUCUGGAUCUUAGCAAUGUACAUAUUGUCUAUGCAAUGUGUUCUAUUUUGAAGCAAAGCAAGUCAGAUGGCCCCCAAUUUUCUUAGAAAUCAUAGUUCUUAGUAGAUGAGCGUACAUGUCUUGGGCAAGAAUUCUUAAGAUCUCUUAAGACUGACGUAUGUUUGCUGUGAUCUGCCUUUUUGCUUACCGUAAAACAGAACCCUAAGUUGCAAAGGAGAGAAAAAUAAGACACGUACUCUGGCUGAAAAGAAAAAUGCAAACUAAAAAGAAGUUUCUAUACUAAGGGGAGAGAAGAUCAGAAAUUACUUUUUGCAAAUGGGACUUGGGGGCAGGUGGGGGUGCACCUGUGAUUUUUCCUUAGCUGCAAUCACAGCUAGUCUGUUUCUAAUAUUAAUGGUUACAGCCAGGACUAGCACCUGAUUUCUUGCUGGUUUAAUGCAAGUUUCCAAUUAAACAUAACUCUCAUUGUA